CGCCACCACCCGCCUGCACCUGUCCUACCCACCCACCGAGAACAAGUUACCAUCAUGGAAUCCGUUGUACUCGAGACGAGCAUGGGCGACAUUCAAUUGGAGCUCUACUGGAACCACGCUCCUAAAACGUGCAAGAACUUCGCUGAAUUGGCAAAGCGGGGAUACUACAAUGGUCUGGUAUUCCACCGUAUAAUUGCCGACUUCAUGGUGCAAGGAGGAGACCCUACGGGUACGGGACGAGGUGGAACCAGCAUAUACGGGCAAAAAUUCGAAGAUGAGAUCCAUCCCGAGCUGCGAUUCACAGGAGCGGGGAUUCUUGCAAUGGCCAAUUCGGGUCCCAACACAAACGGCUCUCAGUUCUUCCUGACGCUUGCACCAACGCCGUACCUGGACAACAAGCAUACCAUCUUUGGACGCGUUAGCUCAGGGAUGAGGGUGUUGCAGAGACUGGGUGCGGUUGCCACUGAUGCUCAAGAUAGGCCACGCGAAGAUGUGAAAAUCCACAAGGCCCGUGUCGUAUGAGGCUUCCCCAGAGAUCGCAUAUCAGCCUGUGCUUUUCACUUUGAUGACAAUAUUCCAACGGUUGGCUCCUUGUACUUUGCUGUGCCGGUCAUGAAAAGUGGCGAGAUCAUUUACGCGAAUGCGGCUUGCAUUUUGGCGUGAUUGAGCCCGGAUCAAUAUCAAGUAUUGCUCUAGAUAGCUGAAGGCGUGACUCCCCAAUAUGAUGGUCAUAUUGAUUUAGACACG